UGAAGAAAUUAUUCUACCAAAACUUACCUUUGGUAUUGGGCAAUUUAAAUGGGACACGCAUGAGGAAAAAUGGGCCCCAUAGUGACGACGAAUACGAUACGAGAAAGUGGCUUAUCGUUAAAUCCAUAACACGUGGACGGUGGAUAUUGGUUUUCUUGAUUUGAAAAAGUGCCUUGUGCAGAGGAGAGACUAGCUAGAGAAAGGAGCAGAGACGAUCCUUUUUAAGAUAUACUCUUGUCCUGUGGUAUGAAAUUUCACAUCUCGCGUUUCAUCAUCCUCUCUGAGAUGUGGAGCUACGUCUGGUUAGUACCGGUGGUGGUACUAUCCGUGUUCAAAGAUAUCACCGUAAUGGCCAAAGCCAACGAGUCGCCUGCGGCGAUUUUCCUCCCUAGUCAAAUCGGACUCGAUGAUUCACCUCGGAGUCCUCUUGUGGUAUGCUCCGCGCCUGAUCUGAACCUCAAUUACAGACCGGUUAUCGGGAUUCUGAGCCAUCCUGGAGACGGCGCGUCGGGUCGUUUGAACAAUGCUACGAACGCGUCGAACAUUGCGGCGUCGUAUGUGAAAUUGGCUGAAGCUGGUGGAGCACGCGUUAUCCCCCUCAUAUAUAACGAGCCCGAAGAACUUCUCUUCCAGAAGCUAGAGUUGGUCAACGGUGUGAUACUCACUGGUGGUUGGGCUAAAGAAGGAUUGUAUUUUGAAAUCGUCAAGAAAAUCUUCUAUAAAGUUUUGGAAAGAAACGAUGCUGGUGAGCACUUUCCAUUAUAUGCUAUUUGCCUCGGCUUUGAGCUCUUGACAAUGAUCGUUAGUCAGAACAGAGGCAUCUUUGAAAAAGUUGAUGCAAGAAAUUGUGCAUCAAGUCUUCAGUUCAUUGAAAAUGUUAAUAUCGAAGGAACCGUAUUCCAAAGAUUUCCACCAGAGUUGUUUAACCAGCUUAGUACAGACUGUUUGGUUAUGCAGAACCAUCAGUAUGGUAUAUCACCAGACAGCUUUGAAGGCACUGUUGCUCUGUCUAAUUUCUUUAACAUCGUCACAACAUGCAGUGAUAACCACAACAAGAUAUAUGUUUCAACAGUUAAAUCAAAACAAUAUCCAGUGACGGGAUUCCAGUGGCAUCCGGAGAAGAAUGCAUUCGAGUGGGGGUUAUCCGGCAUUCCACACUCUGAGGACGCGAUCCAGGUGACUCAGCACGUUGCAAAUUAUUUAGUCAGUGAAGCAAGGAAGUCACAGAACAGACCAUCUUCUGAGAAAGUGCUGAGCAAUCUCAUUUAUAACUACACCCCUACUUACUGUGGAUAUGAAGGGAGAGGUUACGACGAGGUUUACAUUUUCACACAAGAACGAUCUCUUCUCUGAGAACAACGUCGCCUUCUCGUGUGUUUGUUCAGGGAAAACCAGUGCAAAUUGUGUUUUCAACUCUGUGAUAGUGUAUCUGUUGUAACUCUUCAUGUCUAUAUAAUCAAACAAUGUACGCUCGCCCUUCUAUUGUCAAAAGAAAUAAAAAAUCAAACAAUGUACGCUUUUGUAUAUAGAACAUGAAAGUCUUUGAUUUA